AUGAUGACUCGCUUCUGCACUGUUCUCCUGGCGGCGGCUCUGCGCAAGGCCCAGGGCCACAUCUACCAGCUAUACCCCAUGUCGCGAUCCUUCGCGAACAGCGAGUCCUUCCUCGAUAUGGACGAUCCGAACUUCGACGGAUGCCCUCAGUGCUACAACGCCCAUGGAUCCAACGGGACAAAAGCGCGGGGGAAUGAGCUCAUGGACCCGGACGUGCUCGCAAAACACGGGGGGGGGAUCGACUUCCCGCUGUCCUUCGUCCCGCGGGCCCCGAACGGUAACUACCUCGAGCCCAACGAGGUCGCAGUCCGCCACGGCGUGUGCGGCGAUCCCGAGCAGAACAAACCUUCGGGCAGCAACACGUACAGCACCGCCAGCAGCAACUGGGAACCCCUGACCACGUUCCAGAGCGGGCAGGAUCUCGAGUUUAACGUCGUCAUGAACGCCUACCACUGGGGUCACCUCGAGUUCUUCAUCUGCAACGCCGACAACGACCCCAACGGCAUCCCCACCCAAGAGUGCUUCAACGAAUACCCACUCACGCGCGCGGAAGGAGACGAUUACAACAGUCCCAUCGAUCCCGACUUCCCGGGGCGCUACUAUUGCGACCCGACUUGCCGCGGGGAGGAGGGCGAGGUGGACCAGACCAAGCCCGUGCACGCCAUCUCCGGCGAGAACAUGAAGAUGCGCUACGUGCUGCCGGACAUCGAGUGCUCGCACUGCAUCCUGCAGAUGGUGUACCACACCGGGAACACCUGCUACCACAUCGGGUACGAUGACUUCGACCCUCCCUCGUGGCCUGGCGACUGCGCCACCACCAAGGAACAAUGGGUUAACACUACCGUGGAAGCGUGCGGCCAGGAAGGCUACUACCCCGAGGAGUUCUGGGCGUGCUCUGACUUCAGCAUCACGAGCGAUGGGCCACCGAGCUCGACCCCGCCGGAGGAGACAACUCCCGCGGUUACCGAGCCAACCGGGUGUGCCGAGGAGUGGCAACAGUGCGGUGGUGCCGGCGGCGACGCCGUGGGUGGCGUCUGGACAGGCCCCACCUGCUGCGUGCCUGGGACCACCUGCUAUUACAAGGACGUGUAUUGGUCUGAUUGCCGCCCGGCGGAAUGUGCCGAGGAGUGGGAACAGUGCGGCGGUUCUGGCGGGGGCGCCGUGAAUGGUGUCUGGACCGGUCCUACCUGCUGCGAGGUUGGGACCACCUGCCAUUACAAGGACCAGUAUUGGUCUGAUUGCCGCCCGGCGGGUUGUGCCGAGGAGUGGGAACAGUGCGGCGGUUCUGGCGGGGACGCCGUGAAUGGUGUCUGGACCGGUCCUACCUGCUGCGAGGUUGGGACCACCUGCUAUUACAAGGAUCAGUAUUGGUCCGAGUGCCGCCCAAAUGACUACAACGAUCUCUAGGGUUACCUCGCAUAGCGUGCAGAGGCGAGCGGUGGCCUAGACUAUCUGUCGCUUACUUUUUUUUGUCUUGCGGACCCUGCGGGUCCAUCUUAUUUUCGUGCACCUUGUUUGGGUAUGUUAGCCUGUGACCACGGGAAUCGACCCCGUCAAGUGUUAGACUAGUACAGACAGAAGACGGUGCUGGGCAGAGAGAACAGAUCGGUUUUUAGUGUGAAGACAGCAACAACAACAACAACAACAACAACAACAGAUGUCGCAAGUAGCUCAGCCUUGCGUGCUUGGAAAUAUUUUGCAUCGUCUAGUUGUCGCAAGUAACUCAGACUUGCGUGCUUGAAUUAAUGAAUAUUCGUAUGCGCUCAGCAGCGGGAUUUAGAAGUAGUUGCUGUAUUGUGCGUUUUGUCGUACGUCAAUUAAGUAAUCACCAGUGCUUGCAAGUACAGUGCUUUUUCUGCAUACGUGGUAAGUUCGAGAGCAUGGUGUUGAAGUAAUCU